AUGUCAAAUGAAGAGAGAGAAACGCUUUGGUCGAAAUUCAAUUCUAUUCCAAACAAGCUAUUGCGGCUUUUCACACGAAAUCUAGAAGUUGAAGACAAGGUUAUUACUGAAAUUGAACAAAUUACGGAUGAUCCCAAGAAUAAUGGUUGGCAGCGACUGAAAGAUGUAUACAUUAAUAAAGAUAUUCAUUUUGAAACGAGUAUAUUGAUGCCAUGUAUGGAAUGGACAUUUAUUGGUACAGUACUCCUCACAGGCCCUGUAGGAUGGCAGAGAGCUGCUGACCGUUAUAAUCGUUAUGCGAGAGGACGGAUAUUUCUUAGCCCACGUGAUGCACUGAGGCGUAAAUGGGAUUACGCAUUCGCAUCAUUUUUACGUAUGGGAGCCAUUAACGGUACUCUGGCAGCACUAUACGUUGGAUGUAUGGUAGCAGCAAUCACACACGUUGCAGCAUGGCGUGGCUAUUUCUCACUUUGGACUGUCCCGGUUAUAACAACUUCAGUACCCUCUCUAAUUGCAUGUCCACUUGGUUUGCGAAAAAUGCUGCAAGCAGCAAGUCUUGGAUUAAGCUGCGGGUUGACACUGUCGUUAAUAGUGUUUAGUGUAUCACACUUUUCUAGUCAGACGGCAGACGAUACAUAUCAACAGUUCAAAAGAGAAUACGAGUUGAUGUUGAGAGCUGAACGAAUUAAAGAAGAAAAUGUUAAGACAUGGUUGCAAGGAUAUGAUGUUUUAUUGUGUUCACAUUUAUCUGUCCAUGUUUACGCUGCAAGUUUGAAAGUUUUCCGUUGUUUGCAGGAGUCGGUUGUGAUUCACUUUCCUCAUCGCGACAUGUCUUGGGAUGGCUUUGUUGGUUUUUCUACUGCUAGUGCUGCUCCGGUGGUUCAGAAGUUGUAUUUUCUUGUUAGUAUAGUAUUCAGUAG